GUGUGCCGUGCGCAUGCGCGCUGGGUGCAUGGCGCCGGUGUUGCUGGGGGUGGUUGUUGCGAGAGUCGCUGCGGGCCGGGCCGGGCUGGGCGCUCCCGGGAGGCCUGUGGGGGCGGCUCGCCGCCCGAGCAGCCCCGGAGCCGGGGAAGGCCGGGCUGCCAUCGCAAGGAGCGGCGGGGCUGAGCCAGAUGGAAAAAAAAGAGUUCAUGGUUGCUGGUCCGCAUAAUAGCGGAGGCUGAGUAGGUGUGUGAAGGAGACUGUACAGUGUGAGUGAGAAGUACCAAACCCCCUGCAAGGCCUGGUUCUAUUAAAAGGGGAAAAAAAUAUAAAGGAAGAAAACAUGAAUCCUGCAAACAGCGAUCAAGUGUUUGGGACCAUUUUUGACUGGGACUAUCUCUUAUGGGAAGUUCGUUUGACAUUUUUAGCUGCUGGUUUUUUAGUCUACCUGGGUGUAUUUCUUAUGUCUCACUGGUUAUCUUCCCGGAUGAGUACCACUUACCGUGCCUUGCAUGCAAAGGAGAAGGUGUUUUGGAAUAUGGCAGUCACACGUGGUGCGUUUGGACUUCAGAGCUGUGUUGCUGGGUUGUGGGCUUUGCUCAUAGAUCCCGUUUUUCACGCUGACAAGGUGUAUUCACAGCAGAAGUGGAGCUGGUUUAACUGUUUAAUAGCUGCUGGAUUUUUCUUGCUUGAAAAUGUAGCCGUUCAUAUGUCCAACAUCAUUUUUAGAACUUUUGAUGUGUUCCUGGUGGCUCAUCACUUACUUGCUUUUGGUGGCUUGGCUGGUCUAGUAAUCAAUGUAAAAUCUGGCCAUUACCUACCUUUGAUGGGAAUGUUGCUGGAGAUGAGUACUCCCUCAACCUGCAUUUCCUGGAUGCUUCUAAAGGCUGGCUGCGCAAAUACCUUUUUCUGGAAGGCAAAUCAGUGGGUAAUGAUCCACCUGUUCCACUGCCGCAUGAUUCUCACUUACCACAUGUGGUGGGUGUGUAUUUUCAACUGGAAUUCUGUGGUAGAAAAUCUGGGACUUCUCCAUUUUAUCGUUUUAUUCUCUGGAUUAUUUGCUGUCACAUUAAUACUUAAUCCAUACUGGACAUACAAAAAAACUCUGCAGCUCCUCAGCCCAACUGACUGGAACUUUGAAAAUAAAGCGACAGAAAAUGGAAAGUUGAAUGGUGAAACAUCUCAAAAGAAGAGGAUGUAACACCAGAACAUCUGUUUCCUAGUAGGAUAUUGGACUGCAGCAGAAGAAAACACUGCAAACUAAUUGGCUUGUGAAAUUGAAGCUUUUGCAAGAAACUCAUUAAUACAGACAUUCCUUGCUGUUAGUAUUCACUAUGCAUCAGAAGUAUUUAAAAACGUUGUCUGUAUUUCGUAUGUACAUAUACAUAAAUCUUUAGCAUCUUAGCAAAGAAUUACAGCAAUGGUUUUGCCUGUACUUAGACAGUAUUUCAUGGUUUAGCAAUGACAUGCUCUAAUGGUAUCCUUUGUCCUAAUGCUUCAGAGUGGCUUUAUAGCUAUUUUGUCCACUAAUCUUAGCUUGAAUUUAAUUUAGCUUUAUUCUCAUUUCACAUAUGUUGGAGAUACUGCUACUGAAGAUUUUGUUUAGAAGAUUAAGAUCAAUUCUGACACCAAACAGGGUAUGUUGUGGAUCCCUGUAUGCCAUUAAAUAUUUCCCACUGGAUCAAUUGGUCAAGUGGCAGAAUGCA